AUGAAGGUAUCUAAGGCACCUCCUCCAGGCUCCAGCUUGCACUCCCGAAGUGUUGUUCAACACCUCUUCGCUAAACUGCAUAAUCUAAGCAGCUUGAAAGAAAACAUUUUUCUCCGGACAGAGGAUCAUGAGCUCGAUAAGGAGGGGAAGCCGGCUCAUGGAGAUCAGUCAAGAAUCGCGACAACAAAACCGAUGAAUUGA